ACCAAUCUUAUUUAGGCUUGCCCAUCUGAAGAGAGCAAAAGUCCCUAGCGGCAGCAGCAGACGAAGAGAGCAAAAUUCCCGACGAACGUUCCCCUGUUCCAAUUCCCCAGUCGGCAGUGACAGCUCCUCUCGUCUUUUUCGACCUAACUCAACUCUCUAUCUAUGCCUCUCAUCUGCAACGAACGGCUGUUAUUGGAAACCACUGGCAACUUGGGUUGAGGCAGUCCCGAUGGUGUUUGAUUUGGACCCUUUUGAUGAUAUCCUUCCUGACCAUGCUACGAAGAAUGCUAGGGCUGGUGUCAAAUUCCAACCUAAGGCCAAACCCCGACCAAGAAGUGGUUCAGUGGUGUCAGUUACUUCCACACAAUUAGUUCAGACUAUUGAUGUUGCGGAUAAUGGAUCAACUGAUCUGUAUUCAUCUUUGUCUACCUCAGAGGCUCUCAGGACUAAAGAACCGCUGGAAAACUGUAAAGACUGUUUACUAGGAGUUCAUUCUUCUGAUGACAAUAAAAACUCUGAACCAGUGAACCCCUCAUUAGAGUGUGUUGCGGUUAGAGAGAGUGUGGGCCCCAUAGAUGGUUUGCAAUCACACUUUGUAAUGGCUGAAAGCAAAGGAGAUUGGCAUUAUGGCUUUGGUGCAAAAUCAAUAGGAGAGAAUGCAGACGUAUUAUCUGGGUUGGAAUCUCUUAAUGAAUUUCUUUCUCAAUCUACCACUGGAACAGACAUGGAUGCUGAACUAAAGAACAACUUCUCAACGCCAUGUACUGUAAAUGCCGAAGCAGAGGGCUCUGUGCUGCCGUCAAACAUGGCAAUUUUUAAUGUUUCUGAUACCAGAAACACAAAAAAGGGACUCGGUAUUCCCGCUGUUUCUCCCUUUGAUGUCUCAACCUCUAGGCCAUCUAAUGCCGUGCUAGCGCAUACAUGUUCUGAACUUUCCAUGGGCCUAGAUCCUUUAUCAUGUGAAGAGGCUGUUGUUUCUAAUAGUGGUGGAGAUUUUUAUUUAGAUGAUCAAAGGUUGGAAACAGAGGAAUUGGAGGUGUUUCCUUGCCUGGAUAAUCUAGAUAUUAUGUCCGAGUUAACCACUAGCUCUGGAUGGUGGACUGGCAAGUUUCAAUCUAGGCCCAAGGUACACAUUGAGAAGGAGAAAUCUAGAGCUAGAAUCUCUGAUCAAGAUGCAGUUGAGUGUGUUUCAUGUCCCCAGGAUACUCAGUCGGUUCGUUCUGAAGUUGAAUGCAUUGAUCCUACAUCUGAACUCAUGGUGAAUGAAGAACCGACAAAUCUUAUGGGGACUUCUCAAUCUGAAAUGCCUGAUGAAGUUGUUAUUCAGAGGGCUAACCAUAGAAAAAGAAAAACUAAUACGAUAUCAGAUCCUUUAGUGGAACACCAAAAUGAUUCCUCAUCUGUUCAAGAGAAUGUGGUCCGCAGAUCAGCGAGGCAGUUGAGAAAGAGGAUCAAUGUGUGUGAACUUGUUGAUGAGUCUGAGGAUGAGGGUCAUGAUGAUGCGGACUUCCCUGCAGAGGGUACUAAUGUUUCUGUUAUAGAUGAAGAUCAUGAAAAUGACACUGAAUAUCAUGUGGAAAAUGAGUCCCGAAAUAAAAGAGUGCCAAGGAAGUCCAAGAAACCUGUUGCUGAGAAAAAUAAGCCUGCUCGAAAGCAUAACAAGGCCAAUGAGGUAACAGUUCAAUCUACAAAAAAGCCUCCUAAAAAGUUCUCUCACUCUACUCGGCAAAAUAAAAGACGAGUGGACAAGGUUUUGCUUGAAACUCCAGAGGAUGAAAUUGACCUCCAGAAGUUGCGUAUUAGGGAUCUUAUUCUGCUUGCAGAGCACCGGGAGCGAAUGAAUAAGGAGGUGACAACAUCAGAAACACCAUUAACUGAUCACAGUGCUAGUAAUUCUUUUGGCCACUAUAAUGAAGACAAUACCUUUGCUUCAGAAAAGAUAUCUGAUGUUGAACCAACAAUACCUUCAGUGCUGGAGAACUCUACCUAUUAUAAUUAUCAGUCUUUUAUGGACAAAACACCCGUUGCAAGGUGGUCGAAACAAGAAACGGAAUUGUUCUAUGAGGCUGUGCAGCAGUUUGGUACAGAUUUAUCAAUGAUACAGCAACUUUUCCCUGAUCGGACACGUAGGCAAGUUAAGUUGAAAUACAAGAAAGAAGAGCGUCAGCACCCCUUGAGGCUUUGUGAAGCUCUAACUAAUCGCGCCAAAGACCAUUCCCAUUUUGAUCUAGUAAUUGAGCGCCUACAGCAAGUUGCAGCCCAGGAAAGACAGAACAGUGGAGAUGACUCAUAUGGCUUAACAGAAGAGCAGGAGGUGGAGUUGACUCCCGAAACUAAUGAGGAGAUGGCAAAAUCUGAGCAGGUUCAGGAAAAAGUUGAGGAUAUGGAACCCAAUUUAUCGGAGGUCCAGAGUCCUGUGAAGUCUUGUGACAGUGAAGAUGACUUGUAUAGAUGGAGUGAAUAUAAAAGUGAAUUCUAAUGAUGGAAUGCGUGAUACUUCUGUUACUGUGACAUAGUUCAUUAGUCAUAUUUAUUUAUGCUUCAGCAAUUAAUGUAUAAUACGGAGUAUAAUCUUUUGCUAUGUUGAGAAUUUCAGAGCUUUUGUUCCCAACUGAUACGAGUCUCUCUUAUUCUCUUUCGGCAGAUACGAUGUGGAAGUGGAAAUAUACUUUUUGUUUGGACACUCGGAUGAACUCCGGAUAUGUGCAAGCAAUUGCAAAUCAAAUAUAUCAUUUAAGUUAGGGUGUUUUUGCACCUAAUGAAAAUCAAACAUAGGACGUUUGUAAAGAGUUACGGUUUGUAGUAGGAGACUCCUUAUUUGUUAAUCUACUGAGCCAUUUCUAGACAUUAUUCUGCUGAUAUGUCAUGAAGCAUUUUUUAUAACUGGGAAGGAGGGGGAAGGGGAGGAUGGGGCGAGUUCGAACUUGGGCUCCCACACAAUUUAGCGAGUGCCUCUACCAACUGGGUUACUCAGCUCACCCCAUUUGACAUGAAGCUUGGAUUUUUUUUUUUUUUUUACGAUGAUGUGCCAGACUAGAAUCUAUGAGGUAUUUAUCAUUUCUCGUUACAUUUUAC